AUGGUGGGCUCUGGGAUCCCAGCGUUGGGCCUUCUUCUGCUGCUGCAGGGCUCAGUAGAUGCGAAUGGAAUCCAAGGAUUCUUCUAUCCAUGGAGCUGUGAGGGAGAUGUGUGGGACCGGGAGAGCUGUGGGGGCCAGGCAGCCAUUGAGAACCCCAACCUCUGCCUGCGUCUGCGGUGCUGCUACCGAGAUGGUGUCUGCUACCACCAGCGGCCGGACGAGAAUAUGCGUCGGAAGCACAUGUGGGCCCUGGGCUGGACCUGUGGCGGUCUGCUCUUCCUCAUCUGCAGCAUCUGUUUGUUCUGGUGGGCCCGGCGGAAGGACAUGCUGCACCUCCCGAAGUUUCUGAAGGGCAGAUGCCGCCUGUCACGGCCGGGGUCACUGCUGUGCAAGAAGACAUCGAGGAAUCCCACGGAGGGUGGGGAUGCCUCUGCAGGGGAAGGGACAGGGUGUGAGGACACAGGGGAUGAAGACUAGGGGGAUUCCCUGGGGGAGCCCCUCAAUACAGAUAUGGAAUACAGAUGUGUCUCUCUCCAUUUUG